AUGGACUCAUCAACAUGUCUUCCCAACACCUACAUAGAACACAUCACAACUACAACCACCAAAACAAAUACCAAAACAAUUACUAAGAGGCCUCCACAAGGACUAUGCAGAAAUGCAACUUCCUUCUGGUUUUUGUGUUUGUUUGGCUGUUUGUCUUUGGCAGAUUGUUUUUUCUUAGGGACAUCCACACUCUCUAACAUCAACACACCACAGCAAACACUCUACCAACUGGCAGCACACAAGGAACAUGGGUACAGCAGCCUGCAGAUCCCCUUGGUUGUGAGGUGCAGUCGUUUUGAUUUAUGCAGGUACCCCAGCUGCAGCUUCCUCCUUGAAGCUGCAUUGAGCCCCAAGAGCAGUCACCCCAGCAACAACUCCAUCCACCUGCAGCAGACAAGAAACAUAUACAAGUUUGUUUGUUUUGUUUUUCUGUACAGGUACUCCAAGAAGUCUAACCACCUCAUAACAAAGACCAACAAGCAGCCUAGGGAGACUGCAGCCAUCAGAACCUGCAGAUUGGCAGCCUUGGAUGCAUUCCAUCAACAGCUGCAACAGCUACACCAACUUGAAGCAGACAAGGAACAAAUACAAGCUAAUGGUUGUUGGAGAUACAGGCAACAGUGGAACCCAGAAGGAACUCCAACACCCUCAGAGACAACAUCCAAGAACCAACAACAAUAUCAUGAGUAGCUGUAGAAUGAUACACCUCCAUCAACUCCAUAUACAUACUGUGGAAACACAACACCAAACAACUACUCAGCCACACACCAAACAACAACUCAACCACAGAGCUGAAGCUGAAAGUGCAGAAUUGAAAGAUGAAGUUCAACAGCAUCAGUAACAACAGAGGCCAAAACCAACACACCCACGUACAGCAACCUCCAGACUUGGUUGCUUGUGCAUGUUGCUGGUUUUGUCUGUCUGUGCAGGUGCACAGCUACACUUUCUUCCACAACAAAUCAAAGGCUGUUGGCUACUAUAGUUCCAUAUAUUUCCUAUCCUUUCAGCCUCCUUAGCUGGUAAUCAUGAUACUGAUACAAAGGCAUAUUUCACCUGGAUUUUCUUGGUACGACAAGACUAAAAAGAGCAAAGAUGAAAAGAAUUUCCCAUCCCAUGCGAGAUAGAAGUUUCGUAUACUUGUUCUUCUUCAAUGUAGCUAUGUCUGGUACGUAGCAUAGUUGGAAUAGGACUAGUGUAGGUUACUUUUCUUUUUUCUCAUGGAAGGGGAGAGUCUCCCUCAUUUAUGCUUUCAUAGUUGAAUUGUACCGGGAGGAG